AUGAUGACCACUGGUGAUAGUGAUGAGGAUCUGCCACCAGUGAAGAAGCAGAGGAAUACGACGGCACAGUCAACACCUUUGAAGAAGGUUGAGGAUAAUAGACAACCAAUUGUUGGUGUAUUUACAGAUGAGGCCGGUGCCAAUAACUCAUCGACAUCAACAACACCAACUAUAUCAACACCCUCUUCUAAAGAGAAUGGCAAUGUCAAUGUCAAUGGCAACGUCAAUGGCAAUAGCAGACCAAAUGGAUUCGCAACGGCCAAGACAUCCACCACUUCAACUACAACAACGACUACCUCCACAAGUAGCACACGCACAUCCACCGCCACCAAUGGCAGUGCCAAGAAGACCCCAAACAAGAAGGCCAAGAAGGACGAUUCAAGCAGCGACGACUCAAGUGACAGCAGCAGCGAUGACUCUGACAGCAGCUAUUCAUCAAGCGACGACUCGAGUGACGACAGCAGCAGCGAGGAGGAUAACAAGAGGAAGAAGACUCCAGUAAAGAAGGCACCGGCUGCCGCACCCAAGAAGGCUGCUGCCACCGCCACUCCAAAGAAGGAGGUGCCCACACCUGCCAAGAAGAAGCCUGCACCUGCCAAGAAGGUCACCAAGAAGAAGGAUGAGUCCUCAGACUCAAGCAGCGACGACAGCGACUCGGACAGUGACUCGGACAGCGACUCUGACAGCAGCAGCGGGGAGGAGGUCGCCAAGAAGAAGAAGGACGCUACCCCAGUCAAGAAGGAGGCUUCAGUCAAGAAGGAGACCGUCUCCACAAAGAAGGCCCCAACCAAGAAGGUCCCUACCCCAAAGAAGACACCAACAAAGAAGAAGGCUGCGGUCAAGAAGGAGCCCGCCAAGAAGAGGAAGCGUGGCGAAGGAGAGGAGGACGAUGGCGAGGAGGAGGAGAACGAUGAGGAGAAGGAGGACGAGUCGGAGCAGUCCGAGGAGGAGGUAUACAAGUGGUGGCUCGAGAAGCCACAUCCCAACGGAGUAAAGUGGAAGACGCUCACUCACAACGGUCCCGUGUUCCCGCCCGCCUACGUACCACACGGCAUCAAGCUGUACUACAAGGGCAAGGCGCUCGACCUAACGCCCGAGCAAGAGGAGGUGGCCACCUUCUACGCGACCUACCUCGAGACCGACCACGUCAAGAAGGAGAUAUUCCGAAAGAACUUCUUCACAGAGUUCAAGCGACUGCUGUCGAGCGCGCAGAAGAAGCUGGUCACCGACUUUGACAAUCUGGACUUCUCUCACAUCCACAAGUUCUUGGCCGACAGGAAGGAGACCAGGCUGAACAGAACGGCCGAGGAGAAGCAGGUCGAGAAGGACGAGAAAGAGAGGGUCAAGAAGAUACACGGAUACGCGCUGAUGGACGGCCACAAGCAAAAGAUUGGCAACUACUUGGUCGAGCCGCCCGGACUGUUCCUGGGCCGUGGCGCGCAUCCCAAGACCGGCAUGCUCAAGACCCGCAUCUACCCGUCGGACGUCACAAUCAACAUUGGCAAGAAUGAGACGGUGCCACCCUCGCCCAUCCCCGGCCACAACUGGAAGCAGAUUGUUCACAACAACAAGGUCACGUGGCUGGCCUUCUGGCGUGAGAACGUCAACGACGGCUUCAAGUACGUGUGGCUGUCCGCCAGCUCCAAGCUCAAGGGCCAGGCCGACAUGAAGAAGUUCGAGACGGCACGCAAGCUCAAGGGCUGCAUCGAUGGUAUCCGCAAGAACUACAGGAAGAAGCUCUCGUCGUCCGACCCCGAGGAGUGUCAGCUGGCCGUCGCUCUCUACCUCAUCGACAAGCUGGCGCUGCGUGUCGGCAAUGAGAAGGGCGAGGACGAGGCCGACACUGUCGGCUGUUGCUCGCUUCGUGUCGAGCACAUCCAAUUCCCCGAGGACGAGGAGAACACAAUCACACUGGACUUCUUGGGCAAGGACUCGAUGCGAUACUUCAACACCGUGCAGAUUGAUCCCGCCGUCUACAAGCGACUCAAGUCGUUCCUCAAGAACGGCAAGAAGAACAAGAAGCCAGACCAGAACCUGUUCGACGAGAUCUCUGUGGGCAAGCUCAACUCCCAUCUCAAGACACAGAUGAAGGGUCUGAGCGCCAAGGUGUUCCGUACCUACAACGCCUCCAUUACACUGCAGGAGGAGCUGGCCAAGAUGCCCGACGACCUUGAGACCGUCGAGGAGAAGAUGCUCUUCUUCACUCGUUGUAAUACUGCCGUAGCCAUCCUCUGUAACCAUCAACGUGCUGCACCCAAGAGUCAUGCCACAGUCAUUGGCAAGAUUGAUGACAAGAUACAAGAGUUGAAGGACUUGAAGUCAUUGUGCAAGAAUGACCUCCACAAGUUAAGCAAGAAGCAGGGCAAGGCACUGACAAAGGAGAGAGCGGCAGAGAUACAGGAGCGCGAGAAGCAGAGAUUGAAGGACAUGAAGCAGAAGGCUAUUGACACCAACAAGGACGAGGACAAGAAGGAGAGUGAGAUCAAGGAGGAGGUGGAGACCAAGUUUGAGCGAUCCAGGAAGCGUCCAGACAAUGUGGACAAGCUGUUGGACAAGAUAGAGAAGUUGAAACAGACCAUCAAGAAGAAUGACAUCCUCAAGACUGGCAAGAAUGAGACGUCCACCGUUGCGCUGGGCACAUCCAAGAUCAACUACCUUGAUCCACGUAUCAGUGCCGCCUGGUGCAAGAAGGCUGGUGUGCCCAUCGAGAAGGUCUUCUCCAAGUCGCUCCGAGAGAAGUUCCCUUGGGCUGAGGAUGUGGAUCAGGACUACGAGUUCUAA